AUGUUACUGAAUGGUACUCUAGGUGUGUUACCUGACUCGAUUGUGAAAGAAAUUGAAACUCAUAAACAGACUUUGACCAAUAUUUUAUCUAGUAAAUUUGCUGAUCAAUCUUAUAUACUAGGACUUGAUAGAAAUGUUGAUGCUAAAUUUUACCAUUGGAUUCUUGAUGAUUUGAAUAAGUAUUAUGAUCAGAUUGAAGGAAAUCAAUAUGAGUAUAUUCCAAGAAAUCAACAAGAAUUGAUAAAAUUCAAUACCAUUCUUUACUUUGAUAAAAUAUGGAAUGAUUUCCACUAUCCGAUAAUCAAAUUUUACCAAUAUCAACAUGCAUCCUUAUUUAAUGAAAUAUUACAAGAUUUCAACCAGUAUAUCUCAAAUAAUGAUAAAAAAAAUCAUAAAUUUAAAGUUAAACCAGUAGAAAUGAGGAAAAUUUAUGACUCUUUGAAUAAAUUUUUGAAAGAAGUUCAUAAUUUUUAUACCAAUUUAUUGAAAAAAUUCACUCAAUUUGAAAACCCUUUAAUAUCAAAUCAGUUUUUAUCAAACUUUGAUAUCCCUCAAAAUGAAAUCAGAAAAACUUCAAAUCUUGAUUUGCAAGAAAAUUUAUCCAUUUUAAUCCACCGUUGUCUAUUAAACCUAGGUAAUUUAUCCCGUCAUCGUUCUUUCAUUGAAAUGUCGUAUGUCACUCCUUGUUUAUCGAAUUCGAAUUUUUGGAAAUUCCGUAAUUUGAAUUCUGAUUCAAAAUCGUCUUUGGUCAAACCUUUAUUUGAAAAAGCCCUAAAGUAUUAUCAUGCUUGUAUUCAUAUCUUACCCUCUUUUAAUGAACCUUAUAAUCAUAUCGGAAUGAUUUAUAAUUUGAUCGAUGAUAAAUAUCAAGCUGUUUACUGGUUCCUAAGAUCAAAUUUCACCGGUUCUAAUGAAUUUAAAGUGGCUACAAAUAACUUAUUAGCCAUUUUGAAGAAAAAAACCUGGCUCACUGAUCAAUUAUUAAAAUUUUAUAAUGAUUCUUCUAAGUCAAAGAAAAAUAUCAAGAGAUUAAAUUACUUAUUCAUUUGUUUGAUUUGCUAUUAUUUUUUACCAGAUCUUUAUCAUAAUGGUCCUAACAUCGUUAAAAAUUUUAAAUAUAUUAAAGUUGAAAAUGAUUUUUUUAAUCAAAACUUCGUGGCUUCAAUCAUGCCAGUUAACGAUAUUGAUUUCCAUUUACAGCAACUUAUUAUUUUAUCUUGUUUCCAAAAAUUGAUCGAUAAUAACUCGGAUGAAGAUGUGAAGUUUAAAUUUAAUAAAUUUGUAUUCCGUUAUAUCGAUAAUUUAUUAAAUUUUUUAACUAAUAUUCCUUUGAAAAAAUUCAAAUCUAAAAUUUUGAUUUUAUCUAGAUAUAUUCUAAAUUGGAUUAAAGAAAAUAAACUGAUGUUAAGAAUUUUACAAUUUAAACAUUCUACCCUCGAAGGUCUUGCUAAUUUAUUUAAUUCUCUUUUAGAUUCAAUUGAUGUCUCCCAACCAAUAAGAUAUUAUCUUUUCGAUGAAGAUGUUUUAGUAAAAGGAUUAUCUAUCAUCAAGUUCAACUUUAAAGAUUUUAAAGAUCAACACUUGGCUGAUACCAAAGAUUCAAAUAUCCUUAAUGGUGAUUACUCU